AUGGCGAAAGAGUUGGGGCGAGAUGAGCAGCCGCCGCUGGAUGACGAAAACCUACUCCCCGAGAUCCUCCUCCGCCUCCCGCCGCAGCCCUCCUCCCUCCCCCGCGCCUCCCUCGUCUGCAAGCGUUGGCGCCGCCUCGUCUCCGACCCCGGCUUCCUCCGCCGCUUCCAGAUCCACCACCGCCGCAGCCCUCCCCUCCUCGGUUGCUUCGUCCAAGAACCUCACGGUAUCUCCUUUCUACCUGCUCUCAAGGCCCCCAACCGUGUCCCUCCUGGCCGCCUCUCUUUCCAGUCCGGCCACUAUAACGGCUUUAAGCUACUCAACUGCCGCCAUGGCCUCGUGCUCAUCGCCGACAAGACGCGGCACCACCGAUUCCUCGUGUGGGACACCAUCACCGGCGACCAGUACCACCUAGCCAUCCCCGCGCUAUUCGACACGGAAGAGGUGGUGCUGAUCAACGGGGCGGUGCUUCGUGCUGCGGGAGACACCCAUCACUUCCAGGUGGUCUGUGUAGCAACACGCAGACUCGAUCUGCAUCGUCGACAAGCAGCGCUCGCCUGCUUUUACUCGUCGGAGACCGGCGCGUGGGGUAACCUCAUCUCGACACCCAUUCCGUCCGACCUCGACUCCCAGUCAAACCUUCAUAUCUACUUAUUUGGCAUCACAAUUAUGGAAGCGCCCGCAAUGCUUCUCGGGGACUCUCUUUACUGGACUCUUACUGAUGAUUCAUCAAGCAUCCUUGAAUUUGAUCUUCAGAGGCAGAGUCUGGCUGUAAUACGGAUGCCCGAGGAUGUGUAUAAGUAUGAAGGUCACAUCACGGUUAUAAGGGCAGAUAGUGGUGGGCUGGGUUUCCUCAUGCUGACAGACUUCACCCUGCAAUUAUGGAAGCGGAAGAUUCAUUUCGACGGUGUUGCCUCAUGGGGGCUGGAAAAAACUAUUGAAUUGGACAAGCUACUUUCCCUUAAUCCAGAGAAGGGCAGCAUUAUGAUACUUGGGUUUGCUGAGGAAAACAGGAUGGUGUUCCUGGGGACAUUUAUCGGCCUCUUUGCACUCCAGCUUCACUCAUUGCAGUUCAAAAAGCUAUCUGAAACCAAAAGAAAAUCUCACUACCAUCCAUUUGAAAGUGUGUAUACUGCAGAUGUUGGAGGUGAACAUGGUCGAGCUGAACUUUUGAACAAUGCUUAAGGUGACUGGCUGAUCAGAUACACUAUCAUGAUAUAUUGGUUGAUCAGGUACCUGGAGUUACCGUUCUGGUGGCUGAGAUGCAGACGGCUUGUUUGCUGUAGGUUCGCUGUAGUGGACUUGUAGGAAUUAAUUUGAACAUUUUGUUCGCUCAUGACUAUAAUGUAAUCUGAACAUCAUGUUAAUUCACGCAUGUAAUGUAUUUUCUGUAAAAGUUAGUUAAUUGGCAUGAAGACACAGUGACUUGCUUGGAUGAA